AUGACUUCAAUUCAUUCCACAGAAGAGGAUAACAGUGAUGGGUUUGGAGAAAAUGGGUUUUGUGGGUGGAGAAGAGAAGAGGCAGAUCUGAGUUUUGAGAAAAUGGGUUUUGCUGGUGGAGAAGAGAAAAUGGAUGAAGAAGGAGGAAGAGGGGAAAUCAAAAUGGAUCCAGACGCGUUGGCAAAGGCAUUCAUGGAGCACUAUUACUCAACCUUCGAUUCCAACUGUGCUGCUCUUGCCAAUCUCUAUCAGGAAGGUUCCAUGCUCUCUUUCGAAGGUCAAAAGAUUCAAGGUUCUCAAAACAUCGUCGCUAAACUCACCUCUCUCCCCUUCCAACAGCGCCAUCACUCCAUCACCACCGUUGAUUGCCAACCCUCCGGCGCCAACGCCGCCAUACUCGUCUUCGUCAGCGGCAACCGCCAAACUAUUCAUGAAUGA